AUGUCGAUGCUUCCUAUCCCUCGUCUUGUUGAUUUGAAGUAUGGCAAUUGGAGUAUCCAAAUGAGUGCCUUACUGGAGAGCGAAGGCUUGUGGGAUAUUGUUGAAAGAGACUAUAAAGUGCCUCAAGAAGGAGUCGACCAAACGGAGGCAGAAAAGACGACAAUGACGGAACAAAAGAGGAAAGAUAAAAAAGCUCUUUUCUUUAUUUAUAAAGCUCCUGAUGAAGCUACUUUUGAGAAAGUAGCCGAAGCUACAACUUCCAAAAAGGCAUGGGAGAUCCUACAAGUAGCAUACAAAGGUGAUGAAAGAGCAAAAAGUAUUCGCUUUCAAAUCCUGAGAGGGGAAUUUGAAUCGUUGGAGAUGAAAGAGUCGGAAAAUGUAUCAGACUACUUUACAAGGGUAUUGGUUAUUGUCAACCAAUUGAGAAGAAAUGACGAUAACAUUGAAGAUAGUCGCGUCGUAGAAAAAAUUCUACGCUCGUUGGAACCAAGGUACGACUAUGUAGUUGCGGCUAUAGAAGAAUCAAAAGAUGUGAAAGAAAUGAAGGUGCAAGAAUUAUUAAACUCUCUACAAGCUCAUGAAGCAAGAAUGCAAAGAAGAAGGAGAGAGCCAAUGGAGCAGGCUCUACAAACCAAGCUCACCAUUAUUGACCAGAAAGAAGAGUCAAAGACCGAAGGUUCGCAAGAAAAUGGUAGUGGCCGUGGUAACUACCGUGGACGUGGCCGUGGUAACUACCGUGGACGUGGCCGAGGUAGAGGCCGUGGCAGGGGCUUUGCUCGAGGCCGAGGAAGAAGUAAAGACAACAAUCAAGAUAGAGACCAAAGGUAUGACAAAAGAAAUGUAAGAUGUUAUACUUGCAACAAAUUUGGUCAUUAUGCAACAGAAUGCCGCUCUAACAAUGUGCAAGGGAAUGCUAAUUACGCGUCAAAAGAAGACAAUGACAAUGAUGUAGUUUUGCUAGCAAGAAAGGAUGGAGAUUCCACAAACAAGAAUUUGUGGUAUUUAGACUCCGGGGCAAGCAAUCAUAUUUGCUGA